GAAGAUGAGGAGCUUGAGCCCAGAGACAGACGAUCCUGGGAUGAUGAGUUUGUAUUGAAAAGGCAGUUUUCUGCUCUUAUCCCAGCCUUUGAUCCCAGACCAGGCCGCACCAAUGUCAACCAGACUCAGGACUUUGACAUUCCUCCGCCUGCUACUGAAGACAGCUCCACCAGUGAGAGUCAGACCUUUGUGGCCCAGCCCAAACUGUGUCUGACCUUAAAGGCUCCAUGCCUGCCUGGAAUGAAUGAUGAGGAAGUGGUCCUGAAUAGAAGUACUGCUUGCAUCUUCAAAUGUGUUCAAGAUCUUCUGAUCAAAGGCUCUCCUGCAGGGCGAGUUGAGAGACUGAAGAGGGUUUGGGAGCCUACAUACACAAUUCAGUACAGAGAAGCCAAGGAACAUGAAGUGAUUGAAAGAGAAAAUGGUUACACAGCAAAGUCACUGACUGAUGUGUCACUGUUGGCUGACAUGGAAACUACUAGAGGUCUGGACAAUCCAGGAUGUUCUGUAGACACUGUGUUACAGCUUCUGCAGAGGCUUUAUUCCAUCAUGGAACAGUCCAGUCCCACCAGUAAAAAUGAUUGUGAAGAAAUUCAUCUCAACAUUCCCGCUGAUGAGUUUGUCAGCAAGAAGAUCACCAACAAGCUCACUCAGCAAAUUCAGGAUCCAUUGGUGUUAUCCAGCGGUGCCUUACCUGAUUGGUGUGAGCAUUUAACUAGAUGGUGCCCUAUGUUGUUUCCCUUUGAGAAUAGACAGUUGUACUUCACCUGCACUGCUUUUGGAACAUCAAGAUCCAUUGUUUGGUUGCAAAACAAAAGAGAUGCCAAUGUGGAACGAACUCGGGGCCCCUUGCCAAGACGAGAAGACAGUCAUGAGUACAGAGUGGGGCGUUUAAAACAUGAACGAGUGGUAGUUCCCCGAAACGAGCAUCUUUUGGAUUGGGCCAUGCAAGUGAUGAGAUAUCACAGUACUCGUAAGGCAGUACUUGAGAUUGAAUUUAAAGGUGAAGAAGGCACAGGACUAGGGCCGACCUUGGAGUUCUAUGCUUUGGUAGCAGCUGAACUACAGAAGAAAUCUCUUGGUUUGUGGUUGUGUGAUGAUGACCAUGUCGACCAUUCUGAAAGAGAGGUUGAUAUUGGCCAUGGCAUGAAACCUCCAGGCUAUUAUGUACAGAGAUCAAGUGGACUAUUUCCAGCACCUUUUCCCCAGAACAGCCCUGAACUGGAUAGGGUGGAGUCAAUAUUUCAUUUCAUGGGGAUACUUCUAGCCAAGUGCCUACAAGACAAUCGCCUCAUUGAUAUGCCGCUUUCUCGGCCGUUCCUGAAACUGAUGUGCAUGGGUGAGGUUGGGUACAGCUUGUCGCAGCAGUUUGGAGACAUCAGCCGGACACCGAGCACUCUCGGCGAGUCUUGGCACAGUGAAAGCUCUGAUCUCAUUGCCAGUAUAGAGGAGGUGGAAAAAGAAAUGAAAUUAGAAAAUGAUAGACGGCAACAACCAAAGUCUCACCAACCCUGGUUUGCUGGAAUUCUCAAUGAAGAAGAUUUUGCAAUCAUCAAUCCGCACCGAGCAGCAUUUUUGCAACAACUUCAUGAUCUUGUGGAAAGGAAACAGAGGAUUCUGAAGGACAAGACAUUAACCGAUGAUCAGAAGAAUGUUCUGUUGGCUGAGCUGGCUUUGCCCAGUACCGAGGAAUCUGGUGUGGCAAUCAGGCUGGAGGAGUUGGGGCUCACAUUUGAGUUUGACCCCUCAUCCCGGGUACACAAAUUCCAUGCACAUCAUCUGAAACCCGGGGGAGGAAUGGAGGAGGUCAGCUUGGACAAUGUAGAAGAAUACAUAGAUCUGGUGAUGGAUUUUUGUUUAGUUUCUGGCAUCAGACGGCAAAUGGAAGCAUUCAGAA